CCUCACUCAAGACCCAAACAUCCUGACUCAGGCCUCAGUCGGCUGCCAAAUCAGAAUCAGGCCCCACUUUGCCAAAUCUCUCUGACAUGGAGCUCCACGGCCUGCAUAAAACCUUCCACCACAGCCACCUGGGUGAGGAGAAGCACCAGAUGCUGAACCUGAACCGACGCCUGGAGACCUACCUGAACCGGGUGAAGCACCUGGAGGAGGAAAAUGCUCUGCUUACAAAAGAGAUCCAAGCUCUGAGGCGGAGCAACCACGGGGCCUCGACACGGAGGAAGGGCCUGGAGGAAGAGCUGCGGCAGGCGAGGCUGGAGGUGGAUGCAGCCUGGAGGGACAGGGUCUACACAGAGCUGGAGGUCAGGAAGCUGACCGAGGAGCUCCAGGCUCUGGACCAGCUGAGGCUGAGGGAGGCUCAGGCCCAGGCGGAGGCUAAGAUGAAGGUGCAGCAGAGCAGGAAGGAGCUGGAGGAGGAGCACAGGGCACAGACGUGGCUCAGGGAGAAGGUCAACCAGCUGGAGCACGAGAUGAGCCACCUGAUUCAGACCCAUCAGGAGGACGUGGCCCACAUCGAGGCCACUUUGACCCACUCCAGAGCCACAGCGCCACCCACGCCGGCUCAAAGGGCCUACCACACAUCAAACCUCCUUCAGGUGGGAGAGGAGUACUCGCAGAGGGCCACCAGGGCAUGGCAGGAGGCAGCACAGGCCUAUCAGGGGCAGUUAGUCCGCCUGGAGGAGUCUCUUAACCAGGCCAGGAGCCGUUUAACCCAAGUGAGUCAGGAGAAGAGCGAGAGCCAGCUGAAGCUCCGAGCCCUGGAGAAGGAGAUCGCCUCGGCUCAGGACGUCAGGCUGCAUCUGGAGAAGAGCGUCGCCCAGCGGGGACACGAACACAGCCAGGAGCUCCAGAGACUGCAGGAGCACUUGGAGGGCCUGGAGGCGGAGAGAGAGGAGCUGGGCCAGCAGAUCGACCGCCUGGUGCUGGAGAACCGCGGCCUCCUGCAGACCAAGACGUCUCUGGGCCUGGAGGUGGCGACGUACAGAGCUCUGCUGGACAGCGAAAACCUCAGAGGAGACGUCUCUCUGUUGAACCAGCCAAGAAACAUUUCCAUCACAGAUGUGGUCUUCAGUCCUCGAGGGGUUAAAACAAAUUACCAGCCCCAGCUGUCCGCUGUCUACAAGACCACUUCCCUCUCAUCUGUCCGUGGUAUGAGAGGAACAGGGUCAACGUCAAUAACUGCUGCACCAGUGUGGAGUAGGAAACCUGUCACCCUCACUGAAACUCCAAAGACGUACACGAAACCUGCAUCUGAAGACACAACAAAAUCAGCCACACAGGAAACUCCUUAUCCAAAAAUACUGCAGGAUGGAGCUGUUGAAAGUUUCAGACCGCAGGAGGUCCAUGAGAAAGUCACCUACGCUGAGCCCCUUUCACCUCCUAAUGAGGAGGAGGCGCUCGUUCAAACAUCAGAGGACAAAGAAGGUGAAGAGGAUCGGAGCAAUGUUGGUGUUGAACAUCCAGAGGAAAGACCAGCUGAGUCAGUUAUCAGCUGUCAGGUUGAGUCGGACCUCAGCGCCAAGCCGUCCUUCAACGAUGAGGUGAAUCAAGAUCAGUUUAUGACACCGAAUCUCAUACCAUACCAUGUGAAAAUGACAGAGGAGUCCUGUGGUUUCUCAGAUGAACCUGAUACGGAUGUGCCUUCUGAGAUACCUGCUGAGGAAGAAGAUACACAAGUGCCAAAUGCUCCGAUUGAUGCAUGGGGAGAGAAAGAAUCCAAAGGCCAAGAAGUCGAGCAUGUCCAAGAGGAAGCCUCAGACUCCGAAACUGAGGCAGUACUUGAACAGAACUCUGAAUCCAGGACGAGCAGUCCAGUGUCUGAAAUUGGGCCUGAAGAGAGUUUGUUGAACAAGGUGACAGACCUCAGCCAAGAUGAGAACAUCGUAAAGGAAGAUGCAGCUGAGACGACACAAGAAAUAAACGGUGCUGAGCAAGAAGUCGGAACAAGUGAGACGGAUGUCGAGGAAAGUCUGUACCCCGACGGAGAGGAGAUGGAUACCUGGGACAGUGUGAUUGAAAGGAAGGUUGAUCUGAAGACAUUUGUUGGCGUGAACAAGGAUGAAGAACAACAGCAUGCUGAACCAGAGGAGGAUAUAUCAGCACGAGGACAAGAGCCUCAAAUGAGAGAAAUUAAGCAUCCAUUUGCUGCAGAUAUACAGCAAGAUGAUGAGGUUGCUCCCUCACUAAUGGAAGAACAAGUAGGUGACGAAGGACUUCAUGCUGACCAAGAGCACGUGCAGCUUCCUAACAAUGAAGAGGAGGAUGAAGAGGAGGAUUCUCAAAACGUCUCCAUGUCGUGGAGGACCGAGCCGGAGAGCGACAGCUACGCUCUGGACAACACGCUCGCUGACACUCGUCCUCUGAUCCGAUACAAAAGCGACGAGACUGACGCCAACACUCAGGCGUCACACAUGGACGAGAGCGAGUCGAGCGAAGGUGAACAGGAAAAGAAGAUCGGAGAGACGGGAACUGGGACGUGGAGCGAAGGCAAGACAAAGAAAUCUGGAACUAUGGAAGAUCUGUGUGAAGAAGUUGAAGAGGAAGCAUUGGAUGAGGAAUAUGAUCUGGGAUAUAUUCAUACCGAGGACAGGGACGUUGGCCACGGUAUGACUGAAAGUGAGCACGCUACACCAGAGAAUGAAACAGCAAGUGCAGAAGAAAUCAGAAAUGUCAGUGAGGGACAUUCGGAUGAAGAAACCGAAGAACUUAACAGACCUGUGGUACCUACAAAUGUCGACUACGAUGAGGAGUUGGAGAUUGACCGACUUGUGGAGCAGGAAUUAGAAAACCUGGCCACAGACAGCUACAGUGUUCACUUCGCACAGCAGAAAGUCAGCGUGAGUAAGAAGAUGUCUGUCGAGGAAAUGACUGAGCAAGAGGAGGCUGGAAAAACUGAAACAGAGGACACGUCUUCUUGUGCUGAUCAGCCAUCUGAGAACCAAAAUUUAAACGAUAUGUCUGUUGUAAUGCAUCAAACUGACACUCCAGGUGAUGAAGGAGUCCAGGAUAAAGAUCAAGAAGCUCCAGAGAAAAGAGAGGAAGAGGAUGAACACAAUGAAUCCACGGUGACACAUGCCGAUGUAACCGAAGAUCACUCCAGCUUUAGUGACUUCAUCAGCAGGCCUGAUGUGGAAGAAAUCAACAACACAGAGGAACCAAAUUCUGCUUUCCAGGUAGCAGCAGAUCAGGAAACCCUGCAGGAUGUGUCCGUCCCCACCGACGUGAAAGAGGUUGUACCACUGGAAGCACCAAGCGUAUCUCAAGAACAUCUUGUUGAGGAUGUUGCGGGCUGUCAGGAAGUUCAAGAAACAGAAGCGGAAUGGGAAGUCCUAAAGAACCCAAGUGAGGAGCAUGAAAUCGAACAUCAGAAUCAAGAUGAUGAAGAUAAUUUGCCUGAAUCAGCUGAAAGGUAUCUCCAAGAGGACGAAGACUCUGAUGAGGGCGCUAUGACGCCGAAAGAGGAGCCAGUCGACGUCUCCCCUGAUAGUGUUCCUGAAGAAAACAAUAUCUUUGGGGUGAAGGACUCAACAGAAGCAUUGAACACAAACGGCAAAGACAGCAGCCUACAUGGUUUCUUCAGCUCUGGUGUGAAGAACGACUUCUGGAUGUCCUCCCUGGAGACUGGUGCCACCUUUCAGCCAGACGAUCCCUGUAAUGAAGCAGCUGAGCAAACCAAUAAGAAUCUAGGGUUUGCUGACAGUAUGGUUUGGGGGGAUUUGGAAAACCCCAACGUGGUUAACUGGAACUCCAGGCUGGAUAUUGAUUCGUCCUCUAAAGCCCUGGUCGCUAAGAAGGAGCAGGAGCAUUCGGAGGUGAAGCAGGUGUUGAAGGGGGAGCUGGUUCAUUCUGAGGAGUCUGAAGUUGAGGGUGAAUCCUGGUCGUCGGGGGAAGAAGCAGUUUGAUAGAGAUAAAUUUGAGUUCAACCAGUUUAGAUUUAAUCAAUGUUAGUCUGAUGAAAGUUCUGAUUUACUUUUAAAAACCAAAGUCGUGCCUUGGUGCGCACAUCAGUGACGCUAACCACCAACGUGCCAACAGAGAGACUGAACACCUGCCUUGUUUCUUUACACUGACGUAUUCGACUAACCGUUUCUAUUCUACUCUGAUUGUUGAAGCUCUUUAGUCUUUUAAGUGUGCAUGUUAUAGGGGAUGAGGGUUGAGUAUUGUGCAUGUGGAAGCGGCAUGAGGACAGAACAAAGAAUGUCAUUUGAAAGUCAGAGUGUUUAUUGAUUGCUGCCUAAUCUGAUUUCACUGACUGAUGGAAAUCAAUGAGACCAGAAGGGAAGGAUACCUAGAAAGAGCUGCUACUUCUCUGUGUAAUAAACAGACAACGAUUGUUCCCUCCGGUGACUCAUCUCAUCUCACUGGACAACAUAUUUGCAUGUUUUUACAAGCGUUGAAUGAAUGACUGGUUGUAAAAGGUUUAUGAUGGACAUAUUCAAUUUGGAUAAGCAAAUUGUUCUGCUUCUAUUUGGUUGUCGUGUAUUAAACAAACGUUUUAAUUAACAUCCAUGAAGAUUUUGCUGCGGUACGUAAACAGUUUGAAAUAAAGUAGAUU